UAGACUGCUAUAUUGUCCAUAUCUCAUUGAACCAAUCUCAGUUGUUUUUUCUUCUCUUCCAUGGCUACUCAAGGACAAGUCAUUACCUGCAAAGGUCUCAUUCUUUCAUCUCUCCAAUUGUUCACUCUCUCUGCGGUGGCCUGGGAGCCAAACAAGCCAUUGAGCAUUGAGGACGUUCAGGUGGCUCCGCCGCAGAAUGGAGAGGUUCGAAUCAAAAUUCUCUACACUGCUCUCUGUCACACCGAUGCUUACACGUGGAGCGGCAAGGAUCCAGAAGGUCUUUUUCCAUGUAUACUUGGUCAUGAGGCUGCAGGGAUUGUGGAAAGUGUUGGAGAAGGUGUUACUGAAGUUGAGGCUGGUGAUCAUGUGAUACCUUGUUACCAGGCUGAGUGUGGAGAGUGCAAGUUUUGUAAAUCUGGGAAAACGAAUCUGUGUGGUAAAGUUCGAGCUGCAACUGGAGUAGGGGUGAUGUUGAGUGAUAGAAAGAGUCGCUUCUCUAUUAACGGAAAACCACUCUAUCAUUUUAUGGGAACCUCCACAUUUAGUCAAUACACUGUUGUUCAUGAUGUUAGUGUCGCCAAGAUUCAUCCCAAAGCUCCUUUGGAGAAAGUUUGUCUUCUUGGAUGUGGUGUUCCAACUGGCCUUGGAGCUGUCUGGAACACUGCAAAGGUGGAAAAGGGGUCAAUUGUUGCUAUUUUUGGCCUCGGAACUGUUGGGCUUGCUGUAGCAGAGGGUGCAAAAGCUGUUGGUGCAUCAAGGAUUAUUGGCAUAGAUAUUGAUAGCAAUAAGUUUGAAAGAGCAAAGAACUUUGGAGUCACCGAAUUUCUUAAUCCAAAAGAACAUGAGAAACCAAUUCAGCAGGUCAUAGUUGAUCUCACAGAUGGUGGAGUUGAUUACAGUUUUGAGUGUAUUGGAAAUGUCACUGUGAUGAGAGCUGCUUUGGAAUGCUGCCAUAAGGGUUGGGGGACAUCAGUUAUUGUGGGGGUUGCAGCAUCAGGUCAGGAAAUAUGUACUCGACCUUUCCAGCUGGUGACUGGGCGUGUAUGGAAGGGAACAGCAUUUGGUGGCUUCAAGAGCCGAUCACAAGUGCCUUGGCUUGUAGAAAAGUACAUGAAGAAGGAAAUCAAGGUUGAUGAGUACGUCACCCACAGUUUGACUCUUGCGGAGAUCAAUAAGGCAUUUGACCUCAUGCAUGAAGGAGGAUGUCUCCGUUGUGUGCUUGCAAUGCAUGAGUGAUGAUGAGAUCAAGUAAAAUCAAUUGAAACUAUGUAGACUUCAUAAAGACGUGCAUGCAUGCAUGCCUUAACAAUAAUAUGAAUAUUAUCUUCUCAUGUCAGUUGGCAUGAAAACUAGCUAUCAGAAUUCUUUUUGCGGUGGAUUUGAGUUUUAACUGUGCCAAAUGUCGAUACUAAAUAACAUUCGAAUGUAUGCUGUCACGGUUGCAAAUAUCUGCCAAAAAAGUGUGGAGUGAGUUACCACCCAUACAAAUUCUUAAAUAAUCCUAGAGUGCAAACACAGACACUGGAUGACUCAUGUCCUUCUCAUUGUCAUAAAUAAUUUUUUACAAGUUUAACGA